UACAAAUGGUAUACUCUUUGCAAUUUGUUUAGUUCUUCUCACACGCCUUUGAUUUGUUAUAUAAGAGCGGGUUAUGGAUCAGAAAGUGAAGCAGAUGAGGAAGCAGCAACAGUUACUCUGACCAGUGAUCUUAGUCGAGUUAAUCGCGCUUCCACAAAAAAUGCUGUCAAGCUUCAAGAAAUUGGACCUAGAAUGACUCUCCAACUCACUAAAAUCGAGGGUGGACUAUGUUCUGGUGAAGUUUUGUUUAGUGAAUAUGGAAAUGGUGGCAAUAAGAGAAAGGCAGGCAGUGAGGAGGGUAAUGAAAAGGAAGAUGGUGAGAACGAUGACGAAAUGGAAGGUAGUGAUAAAGAUAAUGAAGGGGGGGAUAAUGAGCAAGAUAUAGAAGAAAGAGAGGAAGAUGAUGAAGAAGAUUAAUAAUGCUUUGGUAAAGUGGUAGGAUACAACUUCCAUAUUCUCAUUAAAAUGGCAUGAAAAUUAUAUAAUUAGAUGUAUUAUUUACAUGGGAAGGUGGUUGCCUAGUGAGAGAG